AUGGCACAAAUAAAAAUUCAACAAAGCAGGCAUCUACUACAAAAACUGCUGCUCCAGGAUGGCUUUGUCGUAAACCUGCUGCCAAUUGUACUGUUGUUAUUCAGUGGACUGGCCAAUGGUAGUUAUCAUUCUGGUGUAAGUCCGAUGCCACACGUACCCGUUAUUCCAAAAGAUCCCAACUCGCGUUGUGAAGAAAUAACUAUCCCAAUGUGCCGCGGCAUUGGUUAUAAUCUGACCUCGUUUCCAAAUGAGAUGAACCAUGAAACACAGGAGGAAGCAGGUCUAGAAGUACAUCAGUUUUGGCCAUUGGUCGAAAUCAAGUGCUCUACAGAUCUGAAAUUCUUUUUGUGUUCUAUGUACACACCUAUCUGUAUUGAAGAUUAUCAUAAACCUCUGCCGGUGUGCCGUAGCGUGUGUGAACGAGCACGAGCCGGCUGUGCUCCCAUUAUGCAACAGUACAGCUUCAGCUGGCCAGAAAGAAUGGCUUGCGAAAACCUGCCCGUAUCAGGGGAUAGUGAUAAUCUUUGCAUGGAGAUGCCAAAUGAAGAGGAUCAUGGAGAUCGUGGUGCUGGCAGUCCACCUGGCGGUGGUGGCGGAGGACAUUCAGGGAAACCAACGAGAAAAUCACAUGGCGGAACAGGAAGUGGAAGUCAAAAUGGCGGCGGUGGUAACAUACAAAAUAACAAAUGCAAAGGCAAGAAUUCAAAAAACUGCCAAAAUCCCCCAGGGGAAAGAACAAAAGAGUGCAUGUGCCGGUGCCGGGAGCCACUGGUAACCCUGGGGAGGGAGAGCACCACAACAUUACUGCACCAUCACGGCAGCCUAAGCAACAACCAAAGUGUAGAAAGGGUCGGCGACGUGCAAAACUGCGCGAUCCCGUGCCGGGGAGCAUUCUUCACACAGGAGGAGAAGGACUUCGCCGGCAUUUGGAUAGCUCUGUGGUCAGGCCUUUGCGGCAUUAGCACAUUAAUGACACUGACUACCUUUCUCAUCGACACCGAAAGAUUUAAGUAUCCUGAGCGACCGAUCGUUUUCCUGUCAGCAUGCUACUUCAUUGUGUCCUGCGGCUACCUUACACGUAUAUUUUUGGGUCACGACGAAAUUGCUUGUGAUGGCAAGUCGAUAAAGUAUCCAUCGGCCGGCCAAAGCUCUUGCACUAUGAUCUUCAUCAUGAUAUAUUUCUUUGGUAUGGCCUCAUCCAUAUGGUGGGUGAUUUUAUCCUUCACAUGGUUUUUGGCGGCCGGUUUGAAGUGGGGAAACGAGGCAAUAUCCAAACAUUCGCAAUAUUUCCAUCUAGCUGCGUGGCUUGUUCCGACUGUACAAACCGUGUCGGUAUUACUACGACCCGCCGUCGACGGAGAUUCGGUGGCUGGCAUCUGCUACGUUGGAAACACAUCUGUCGAGAAUCUGAAAAACUUCGUGCUGGCUCCCUUAUUUAUGUACCUGGUCGUUGGAACAACUUUCCUUAUGGCCGGUUUUGUGUCUCUUUUCCGCAUCAGAUCAGUAAUUAAGCAACAGGGUGGCAUUGGAGCGGGCUCCAAGGCAGAUAAGCUUGAAAAGUUGAUGAUUCGAAUAGGCAUUUUUAGUGUACUGUAUACAGUACCAGCUACAAUCGUCAUCGGGUGUCAUCUUUACGAGGCAUCGUAUUUCGAAGACUGGAUGACGGGACUAACAUGCCCGUGCAAAGUGUCACCUGGACUUCGACAAAAACCACUGUACUCGGUGUUGAUGUUGAAAUAUUUCAUGGCUCUGGCCGUUGGUAUCACGUCGGGUGUAUGGAUCUGGUCGGGAAAAACUGUUGACUCGUGGCGGCGACUUUGGCGAAGACUGUUCGGGCCAUCGGAUCACACUGGAGCCGGGCAGGUACUGAUUAAACCACGACCGCCACUCCCUCAACCAUACGCUACUUCCGGUAUUGGAGUGCCUGGCUCUGCGGCAGCCUCGCUGUUAGCCACGCCGUAUACACAAACUGUCGGCAGUGUGGCCUCCACAAGUCAUCAUCAUCUACACCAUCACGUCCUGAAGCAAGCUCCUUUAAGCCAUGUAUGACCUGGAGAUAUAGGCGGCGCAUCUACCCUUACAGCCGGAUCAGGUUCAGUCGUUGAUCCUCGCGCCGUCUCAGUCGUUGUAACGCUUCCGGGUCCACAACCAGGGCA